AUGGAACCAGAAAACCAAACAGAGGUCUCAGAAUUCCUCCUUCUGGGGCUCUCAGAAAAACCUGAGCAUCAGCCCUUCCUCUUUGGGCUGUUCCUGUCCAUGUACCUGGUCACCACCACUGGAAACCUGCUCAUCAUCCUGGCCAUCAUCACUGACUCCCACCUCCACAUACCCACGUACUGCUUCCUCACCAACCUGUCCCUUGUCGACAUCUUCUUGUCCUCCACCACAGUCCCCAAAAUGCUGGUGAACAUCCAGACCCAGAGAAGAGCCAUCCCUUUUGCAGGCUUCCUGGUGCAGAUGUACACCUCCCAUCUGUUCGGCACCAUGCACAGCUUCCUCCUGGCCAUGAUGGCCAUUGACGGCUUCGUGGCAAUUGUCCACCCUCUGCACUACUUGGUCAUCAUGAGCCCCCGUGUGUGUAGGCUGCUAGUGGGAGGCCCGUGGGUGAUCACCAACCUCCAGUCCCUCAUGCACACCUGCCUCAUGGCCCAGCUCAGCUUCUGCACCGGCUCCGAGAUCCCCCACUUCUUCUGCGACCUCAUGCCCCUGCUGAAGCUCUCCUGCUCUGACAAACACACCCAUGAGCUGGUCGUCUCUGCUUUUGGCAUUUUCAUGGGCCUCAGCCCGCUGUCCUGCAUCCUUCUCUCCUUCAUCUGCAUCUCCUGCAAGGUCUUUAAGAGCCCUUCUGCCCAGGGCAAGUGGAAAGCCUUCUCCACCUGUGGCUCCCACUUCACUGUGGUGUCACUGCUCUACGGGACCAUCUUCGCACUGUACCUGCAGCCCGCAUCACCCACCUCCUCACAGAAAGACAAGGCAGCAGCCCUGAUGUGUGGGGUGGUCAUCCCCAUGCUGAACCCCUUUAUCUACAGCCUAAGGAACAAGGAUAUAAAGGUGGCUCUGAGGAAGCUCAUAGGCAAAGCAGCCUCCUCUAGUUCUAGACCAGAAAAGUUAUUGGGUGUCUACUGCAUCCAAUACCUCCUUGGGGACAUAGAGAUGGAUCCCAUCUGCCAUUCCAAGGGCUCAGAGGUCACCUCCCAGGACCUGGUCAAGGGCCAGACCUUUGUUUGGAAUGUGCAGGGUGUGGACAACCCAGGCCUGCUGAGUUAG